AUGGAUUCCUCGGCCGGAAAGAUGAAGCCGAGGGAGACAUGCGAGCUCUGCGGCGGCGCCGCGGCGGUCCACUGCGAGGCUGACGCGGCGUCGCUCUGCUGGGACUGCGACGCUCGCGUCCACGGCGCCAAUUUCCUUGUCGCUCGCCACCUCCGCCGUAUCGCCUGCGCUGGAUGCCACUCCCUGGACGACGAUCGGGUCAUCUCCGGCGCCGGAUCCCCCCCGGUCCGCUCGAUCUGCCGCUCCUGCGGCCCCGACGGAUCCGACCUGUCCUCCUCCGCGUCGUCGCCGGUGACGUCCUGCGUCUCGACCGCCGAGUCGAAGGCGUCGCAGGAGGAGGGGGCCACCACCUCGAGAGUCGGAUGCGGGGGAGACCGGCGGUGGGCGCGAAGGCGACGGCCGUGUCGGUAA